AGAGAAGAGUUGGUUUAAAAUUCAAGUGUAGUAAAAAAAGUUUGUGCACAUCCCCGGUCAAGGUGCAGAACAAGAGUAAAUCAUAAAAAAAUGGAAAAAGGUUCGCACACUUGAAAUCCUUCUUUUUUGAUUUGAUUUUAUUUUCUUUAGCACAAAGGAAUGACGUUUCGACCGUGUGGUCUUCUUCAGAUUAGACACAGCCAGACGACUCUCUCAGUCCCAACCCAUUCAUUCGUUUUGGGCGAUAUAACCCAUUCAUUCGUUUUGUGCGUAUAGAUUCCUGCAUGCUGCAUUACCGUGACCCUUAGCCUACCUUGUGGAUGAUUUUUCUCAUUGGAAUACAGCAGGACAGGAUGCCUUUUAUCUAACAAACGCAAAAGCUGAGAUUGUUGGAAGGACUAGGCUACUCAACAAACUUGUUUUUCGUUUCUGGGAGAUCUCGUUAUCGUUUUGGAUUGUCGGAUUUUUAUGCUUAUUGUUUGGACUUAUGGACAAUGAACUUUGAGGGGUGGUUGUUAGUGCUUUACAAAGCUUUGUGUUAAUAAGUGUCGGUCCUCCUAUCCUUCAGCUCACUGCGCGAUGCAGUUGCGCAUAGUGGCCACGAAGUCAUUAACUGUUUACGACACAACAUACAUGAUAUUUGUGUUUUUCGUUUCUUAGAUUUAAUGCAUGUUUGACAUGUAAACAGGCCUUCAGUCCGUUAACGUAAGGCCUUCUUUUGCAUGGGGUUGCUCGCAUCCGCCCGUAACCUAGGCUAUUAUGUGCGUAGUGGCUGUAUACUCUUGAUUAUAAUAAGAGGCAAAUUGUUACAGGACAACUUAAACUGACUUCCCCAAUGCUUCCCCGCAGCACAUUACAUUUUAAUAUAGGCUAAUAUAGGAUGAACAAAGUCUAUGGACUUGCUAUAUUAAAUCCAGUAGCCUAUAAUAAUUAGGCUAUGUGCCACGUCCGAUUUCGCAAGUGAUGUAGUAGCCUAGGCUACGUUUAAAAAUCGACAGCCGACUGUCAGACUACCCAUUUCAUGAAGAGCAAUUGUCUUGUGCGAUCAUUCACCCUCCCCCACACUUGUCAAACCAGUUCACUAGACAUUAUAGCCUACCUAUAUACGGCAUUGAGGACGAUUGCCUCCCUCCCCCUCUCUCUCGACAGACACUUCCUGACACUAGGGCAGCUUCACUCCUUAGUUUACUAUGGAUUACUAUGGAUUUACUCCCGCCUUUUAGUGUGUUCCUGUUACUUAGUUGUUGCCUUCUUGGUCGUAUGUUGCUGUGUAGUGGGGUGUAACAGUGCAACCCACGAUCGCAAGAGGAAAAGAAUAAAUCGCUAUUAUAUUUCUGCUUCUUGUCUUGUGCAUCUGAAUUCUGAAUGGAUAUUACGUUCAGUGCGCUACCAAAUGGCGGCGAUAUUCCUAGAAUGCAAGGCGUGUGCCCGAGCCCUAUUAUGUAAAUGUAAAAAUGUGUGUGUGUGUGUGUGUGCGCUGAACCACGAAUUCACAUAUUAACUUUUCUUUUCAGCAGACAUCGCAAUCAUAAAAAAAUCGCAAAACUUUCAUUUUCUUAAUAAAAUAAUGCCUUUUGUCUUAAUGGGUUCAGGAGAGGUGCGUAGAGUAGGUUUAACCCCGGUCGCUGACGUGAGAUAGAGAUGCCUCAACUAGUUACGCCACAGUUCGAGUGUCAUUGUAUGUGCGAUUAGCCAACAAAUAUAAAGGAUUCAGUCAGUCAUUUAUUCGCGGCAUGCACUUGAAACGCCGAUCAAAAAACUGACGUUAGUCAGUAAUUCACCACAUCAUAAAAUGCUGUUAUAUUGACGCACAGUAGCCCACAGUAGUCUAUGUCUAUCUCUGAAUCAACAUGAACAUGCAUUACGAGAUCCAUAUAGUUCUAAGUUGCUAGAAACUUAUUUUGCGGAGCUAGGCCUACUAGUCGAUGGUUACAAUGAAUCACCCUCACUGCCCUAUCGCAUAUCUGACCAUCCAUUGUUACAGUGUUACAAAAUCCAUGCAUGUAGCCUACGGUUAUAAGUAAAGUGACAUGAUAGGCAUGUAUUAAAGAUAUUUCUGUUAAAUACAUUUUAUUUUCAGUUGUCAAAAGUGGUGGGGACAAAUCUGUGAUAACAAGUGCUGGGUAAGCUACCCAGCCUCGCCGGUUAAAAUGAACAUGCCUCCGUUUUAAAAUAGCCUAUAGGCCUACACAUUUCUAAGUAUUCCUAGCAUAAAUUUAGCCUAAAUGUCCAUCUUGUCCAUCUCUUUCGUCUUCGCCUUGACAAUAAUAGCCUAUUCACGGAAAUGCGGUCUUGUAACUGUAAUGAAUUAAUGAAUUAAUCUAAGGUUGCCUAUCGAGUCUUUCAGGUUGAAUUGAAAGCUUCUAAAACCAUUUUCAUUAAUUUCAACAAUGGUUUGUUGAAACGUCGUUUGAUUAUAAUUUCGCCAGUCAUCACCUUCAUUUUAAUGAUUAAAUGAGACGGAUUAAAUGAGACGGAUAUGCGGAGCAUUUCUCUCCCUCUCCAUUGACCAAAACGUUGCUCUGGCAUCUCUGCUGGACUGACUGAGUUAUAGGCUACGUCGAGUGAGAGAGCCAGCUGUGAGGUAGGCUGUAAAACAUUCGAAAACUCUGAAACUGCAAUCUGACAUGCCGAGCGUGAUGUCUCUUUUCUCCGCUUGUCACCAGCGCGGUGUCUUCGGGUUUUUCCGUGUUUUCCGGUAUGAGCCGAACCUUCAUUUUAUUAGGGCGGUCUUAUGUUGCCCCCUUGCGGUUGCAGUUUUAAUUACAGUCCCGAUGCUUCGGGAGUCCCGAUGUGCGGGAAAGAAAGGAGCAUUCUCAACCCGUACCAUCUGUAACCCUAUGGGAAUUUAACACAUAGGGUUAACAUAGGGGCAGGCAGUUUUUUAUUUUUAACCAUUAAAAGGGUGGGUUUUGAACAUUCUAACCCAAGAUUCCAUUCCGCAACAAUUCAACGUUCUAAAAUUCUAUGUAGAAUUCAAUGAACCCAGACAUUCUUUAGAAUGUUCAUUUUCCAACAUUCCAAACACACCGGUGAGACGGUACACUCGGGUUAAAGGCCACGUAUUUCAUGGAUCCAGGAUACUAUGCAUCCUGAUAAAGUUCCCUUGGUCUUUAGAGCUAAAAUUGACCCACAUCAUCACACACCCUUCACCAUACCUAGAGAUAGGCAUGGUGUUUUGUUCAGUUUUCUUCAGUUAGCCUAUUAGCCUGUUUGAUGCUCAUUGAACUCAAUGCAAAUCAAACAAGCUAAUCGGCCAACUGAACAAGGAGGGAAAUGCGCGUAGUUACCCGUUUUUUUUUACUUACGCACCCUUACGCACCCUUAUGCGCAUGGGAGAAUUCCCCCCUUGUUGAUUAAAGGUUUCUAAUGGUGUCACUUAUAUGUUUCUAAGACAAAAACUGGCAGAGAUUGAGAUGUGUGUUUGGAACAAUUUUUCAAAUCCCCAGGGGGGGAUUCAGGGCUUGUCCACACGGAGACGAGUUUUGGGUUAAACGCAGCUGUUUUGCUUCGUUUUGGCCGUUCGUCCAAACGAAUACUGCAAACACAUAGCCCUUAAACGGAUCGAUCUGAAACCGGGUCCCAGAGUGCAUAAGUUCGAAUACGCAGCCCUCUAGCGUUCGUUUGGAUGGGGGAAGACGCAUACCUGCGUUUCGAUGAUGUCAUCGCCACACUCCUCGACUCCUAGCCCAUACCUGUCAACAUUUAGCUUUCAAAAUAACGGGAUAACGUUACUGCAUUUCGGUUGUUGUUUUUACCUUACCUAGAGCCUAUGCAGCCUAUCCAACUGCUGCCUGCAGCCUACUUCCAGAACUCCAAAGCUGUUGUCAGAUUUUGUUCCGAGGACACAAGUUAGGCUACCAACACUCAAGAACAGUUUGUGAUGUGUUAAUCAAUUCAAUUUCCAACCAUUUCAUAACAGCUAAUUCUGGAGUAGCCUAAGCUAACUAACUAGCCCACUUGCUUGCGAGACUCCAUAUAUAUAUAUAUAUAUAUGGCGAGACUCGGCUGUGAACUGCACUGGUUUCCUUAUUACGUUGCCAGGUGUUACCCUGCGAUCCAUUUGUAUCGUAAGUCGCCCGCCUGAGUUGAACAGUGUAAAUUACCCAGCUUUCUUGCGGCACUUUCUUGCAUCGUUUUGCCUCGUGUGGACAUGGUCUUAGACUCCAGAGGGUUAAUAAGCAACUUUUCCUUAUAUAAGUUCCUUAUUUUAAUAGAACAACACAUAAUCCCCAUACACAUUUCUAGUGUGUGUAUUUGUGUCAGAUCUCAUUUUGUUUGCUGCUAGCCUCCAGUCUCAAACAACUCAUCUCUCUACUCUGGUAUUUCAGCAAGGAGGGAGAUUAUUGCUGAACAGAGGAUAGAAAUGGAAGAAUCCGUCCAGGCUCUCGAGGGUCAAGAUACCAGUAGAAGACAGCUGGAGUCACUGUUAAAUGACCUGCAGCGCCUGAGAACCCACCUGCAGGAGAAAGAGAGGGGUAUGGAGGAGAGAAACAAACAGCUGAUGGAAAGAGAGGCUAAACUCUUUGUAUCUCCAGAUCCAUUCCAAGUAAGGAGAGCUCGCAGUAUGGAUAUUUGGAAUCCAGCCAUGCAAGGAGAGAGUCCUGGUCCAGCCCCCCCAAUAUCUCCUGCUGUGUCUGAUCUGAGGCUGGUGCUGCUGGGGGGGAGUGCAGCUGGGAAGAGGGCCGCAGGAAACACCAUCCUGGGCACAUACACACUCACACACACAUCCACAGAGACCCAGCACAGUGAGAGCAGAAAGAGGGAGGUGGCUGGGAGACGGGUGACCAUGGUGGACACUCCAGACUGGUUCUGCAGUGGACUCUCUGAGAAGGAUAUGAGGCAGGACGUGGGGCUUUGUGUUCGUCUGUCUGCUCCAGGACCUCACGCCUUCCUCCUGGUGAUUCCAGUGGAGUCGUCUGAAGGGGAGGAGAGGAGGAUGCUGGAGAAAAUGGAGGAUAUUUUUGGGGAGGGCUGUUGGGGACACACACUGAUCCUCCUCACCCAUGCUGAGGGGCUGAGAGAGAGGAGUGUGGAGGAGUUGCUCCAGACAGGGAGCCCGGAGCUCCAGCAGCUGGUAGAGAAAUGUGGGAACAGGUGUCAUCUUCUCAAUAUUAAGGACAGGCCUGAUGACACUAAGAUCACACAGCUGCUAGAGAAGAUAGAAGAGAUGGUGUCAGGAAACAGAAAGAGAUUCUACAGCAGUGAGACCUACCAGGAGGCAGAGAGACAACUCAGAGAGAUAGAGAGAAGGAUGCAGAAAGAACGAGAGGUGGAGGAGAGGAAACUGAGGGAGGAGAGAGAGAGAAAAGAGGAACAUGAUAAAAAUAUGCAGCAGUCUAUGAAGAAGAUGGAGGGAGAGAUUCAGCAGCAUGAAACAGAAAUUAGAGAAUUGAACGAGAAAACUAAAUAUCUAGAAAGAAAGAUGAAAGACGAGAGGGAUGAGGAGAAGAAGAGAGAGAUAGAGAGAGAAUUAAAUAGAGAGAUUACACUGAGAGAGGAGAUGGAGAGAAAGCUGAGCAGAGUGAAAGAAAAGAGAGAAAGAGAGAAGAGAGAGAUGGAGGACAGACACAGAGAGGAGAUGGAGGAGAUGAGAGAGAGCUAUGAGAAAGAGGCCAGGGUUGAAGCAGAGAGAGACCUCAUGAAGAUCAUCCUGCCUGAACUGCAGAAAAACAUCAGCAUCAGCAAGCAGAAGAUGGAGGCAGAGUUCAACAGACAGAUGGAGGAGAAGAACAGAGAGCUAGAGGAGAAAAAACAACAAAUUGAGGAGAAGAGUCAACACUUUGAAAUGAUUCUUCAGGAAUUAAGACAGAAGGAGAAAACCAUUAAUGAACUGAGACUCGGUCAAAGUGAUGAAAACAGAAGUAUGGAGGUAGCAAUAGUCAGGCAAGCGCAAAACGAGGGCAGAGAGCAAGAGAGAAUGGACAAUGAGGAAAAGAGAGACAUUGAGAGAAUGAAGCAGAUGUUAGAUGAGAAAGAAAGAGAGUUGAAGAGAAUGAGACUGAAACCUAGACAGGCAGAACAUCUGACAAACGAUCGCUUGAAACAGAUUACAUUUAAUAUUAACAGAGAGAUGGACACACUGAGGAAAGCUGUCAAUACACACUUAGAUGGCACACAGUUAUUGCUGAAAGAAAUAUGCAAGACCUGAAAAUACAUGGAUAACCAGUGUGUGUGUGUGUGUGUGUGUGUGUGUGUGUGAGUGUGUGUGACAGAGCGCGUCGCGUCUGUCACAUAAGCUGGCACAUUCCAAGUUUAGUGUUGAAUAUGGGAUAUUUUAUACAUACAAGACAUAAAAUGAGAUAUUGUUAAAAUUAGUGCUGUCAAUCGCUUAAAAAUUUUAAUCGUGAUUAAUCUCAUGAAUGUCCUAGUUAUUCCGAAAGUUAUAUACCGAAUGUGCAUGAACGCGCACACCAGUGAUGGGAAUAACGGCGUUAUUUACCUCCGCCAAGGAGGACUGGCCGGCGUUUGUCAGUCUGUUUGUUUGUUUGUUUGUUUGUUUGUCUGUCUGUUUGUUUGUUAGCAAGAUAACUCAAAAAGUAAUGCAUGGAAUUCGAUUCAGGGAAGGUCGGACAUGACCCAAAGAAGAAACGAUUACAUUUUGGGAGUGAUCAGUAAUUCCGUCGGGAUUCCGUCGGCGUUUAAGUAUUUAGCUUUGUGGUGUAGUGGCAUGGUAUGGCCACGUGGUGGCGAUCUGAAUAGUUUAGGUUCAAAUGUAUGACAACCUAGAACAAUGCAGGCGGAGGUAGCUGCGCUCUCUGAGUGCUUUUCUAGUUUGUUACUGUUUCAGUAACGAGUAAUCUAAUUGCUUACUUUUCCCAUCUUGAUAACGCCAUUACCGUUACUGCCAAAAAAUGCGGCGCGUUACUAUAUUUGAAGCUGUUUUCUUUUUCUUCAGAUAAACUAGAUCUCAGAGCCGAGGCAGACUAUUUUUACUGUUCUUCCUUGGUUAGUGGGUAUGAAACAAGCGCAUACAUACUGACGAUUGGCUGAGGUUGAAAAAAAAUUCAUGGCCAGCCAAUCAGAGGAAGAAUUGGGCGGGUGUUCCAAAGCUUGCAUAGUUCGACACACAGCACGCAUCACAAGCGAGUUGGUCAAAGUGAAACCGGUAUGGCAAGCCCAAAUACUCCAAAAAUAGCAUUCACUAAAUGGAAGUACAGUCAUUAUUUGUCCUUCCAUGAAAUGAAAGCAACGAAUAUAAUCACCAAAUGCACAUUAGUCAAAAGUGCCUUUCUACAUCAGUGUCAAGUAAUUCAAACUUACUCAAAAAUCUUUCAACAGCGCGAGUGUAUAUAUUUGUUAUUAAUUUUUGAUAUAAUGCUUAACAAGCAUAAUUUAAUUCUGCCCAGUUAUGGCCUGUUGAGGGGCAAUACAUAUCAAAAGUUCCAAAACGUCUAUUGUGUUAUUCGUAUCGAUCCACUAUAUACAUUAUAUCUACAUACAUGCCUUUUGAUUGGAGUCUCACUCCCUCAGCAAUAUUAGAAUAGUUUAGAUGUGUGUAGGCUACGCGGAUUUCCCUUUCGUAUACGGUCGUUGCCAUCUGAAAGGGUCGAUGCCAUUCAACGACGCUCC